GUUAUCGACAAGUCCCACAUGUGAAAGGAGAAUUUCGCCAGUAUUACUUAUUUAUAUUGUUUAUUGCCUAAAACAGUGCAGACUGAACCCCCAAUCCAAUGGCAGACACCAAGGAGACGGUUGUUGAGGGCGUCGAGGCGCUGACAUUAAAUGGCAAGGCCGACGCCGAGCCCGUGGAAACGGGCACCGAUGCACAGGCCCAAGAAGGAGGAGCAGCAACAGCGGCGGCGGUUGAAGAUGUGGUGGAUCCGUGGAACGUGGCGAGCAGCAACGACACGGGUGUGGACUACGAUAAGCUAAUAAAACGUUUUGGCUCCAGCAAAAUCGAUGAUGAGCUUAUCGCGCGGUUCGAGAAAAUCACGGGGAAGCCAGCACACCAUCUGAUUAGGCGCGGCAUGUUCUUCUCGCACCGCGACCUGCACACCAUUCUCACGUUGAAAGAGCAGGGCAAGACCUUCUAUUUGUACACGGGUCGCGGCCCCAGCUCGGGAUCCCUGCACGUGGGCCACCUGAUUCCCUUCAUGAUGACCAAGUGGCUGCAGGAGACAUUCGAUGUGCCGCUGGUCAUCCAGCUGACGGACGACGAGAAGACCUUGUGGAAGGACCUGAAGGUGGAGGAUGCCAUCAAGCUGGCCCGAGAGAAUGCCAAGGAUAUUGUGGCCAUGGGCUUUGAUGUCAACAAAACCUUUAUAUUCAACAAUCUGGAGUUUAUGGGAAAGUGUCCUGCCAUGUACCAGAACAUCAUUCGGAUCCAAAAGUGCGUCACCUUUAACCAGGUGAAGGGUAUCUUCGGCUUUGGUGACUCGGAUAUCAUUGGCAAGAUCGGCUUCCCCGCCGCCCAGGCAGCGCCUGCGAUCUCCAGCACUUUCCCCUUCAUCUUUGGCAACAAGAAGGUCCACUGCCUCAUACCAUGCGCCAUCGAUCAGGACCCCUACUUCCGCAUGACGCGUGACGUGGCGCCACGCCUGGGCUUCCCCAAGUGUGCGCUCAUCCACUCCACCUUCUUUCCGGCCCUGCAGGGAGCCAAGACGAAGAUGUCGGCCAGCGACCAGAACUCUGCUGUGUUCCUGACCGACACGCCCAAGCAGAUCAAGAACAAGAUCAACAAGUAUGCCUUUUCCGGUGGACGCACAACGGUGGAGGAGCACCGACAACUGGGCGGCGUGCCAGAUAUAGAUGUGUCCUACCAGCUUCUAAAGUUCUUCCUCGAGGACGAUGCCAAGCUGGAGGAGGUGCGCGUGGCCUACAGGAAGGGCGAGAUGCUGACGGGAGAGAUUAAGAAGCUGGCCGUGGAGACCCUCACACCCAUUGUGGAGCAGCAUCAGGCGGCGCGCAAGCUGAUCACCGAGGAGGUGCUGGACAAAUACUUUGAGCUGCGGCCCCUACAAUUUGGUAGCUAGAAACUUCCCAAGAGUUUAGUUGACGCUCGCGACGGUCUGGUGCUUGGCUUGUCACAAAUUAGUUAACAUGGAACCUGAGCAGCGCGCUCGCUGUCGGCCGAUCCUAUCCGAACCGACCCGAUCCCCCCACUCCUAUGUACAUAAUUGCAAUGAAUUGAUCUAUGCCACGGCUCCGAGCUCGUGUUGCCCACUUAAUAUUGUACACUCGCCUAUUUAUUUCAACUUUUUUACACACUGCAGCAAACAAUAAACUUCAGUAAGCUUCGAAUUA